AUUUGAUCUGAACCGAACCAAGUCGAAGAAUUCGUGUAAUCUCUAAUUAUGUGUAAAGAAGAUAUCGAAGCUAGAUAGCUACGGUAUCUUAGUUCAUUUCGGAUUCUCCCUUCUAUGGGAGGAUCAACAACCAUGACAAUCGAGACACCGUCAACGCGCUCCGGCAGCCAUAAUGGACCUCCCCCGGACCGAACGCCAUCGUCGAGGUCGGGAUCCUUGCCUAAACCUCUGGGGCAUGCUUUUCAAGCAACUACGAGGCGCCUGCAGCUUAAGUCGGUCUUCGCUCAACUUACUUUCGAUCGGCACACUAUUACGAUGGCUAUCAAAUCAUCGAUACCACCCACUAUCCUUUUAUGUGCCAUUCAGUCAAACGCAUGGAUCAAUCUCUUUCAGACCCAGGCCUAUUUAGCUGCGAUCAUGUCCACCUGCGUUCUGCCGACUCUUCCUCGGGCAAGGCUGAUUGAGUACAAUUUUCAACUCGCGCUUGUAGUUACCCUGUCAUACUGCUGGGUGCUACUUGGCGGCUGGUCUGGCUUGCAAGCCAGAAAGCACACUACUAAUGGGCCCGAGGAGCUGAAGGCUUACAACUCAUCAGCCGAAGCUAUCGCCGCUAUCUUCUUAAUGUUUUGGAUAUGGUGUGUUUUCACGCUAAAGUCAGCAUUUCCUACCUGGGCCAUACAGUGCACCUGGGCUGGCAUCUUUGCAGUCGUCACGCUACCAAUCGUUGCUCAAGCUUCUAGCAUGCAGGAAAUCAUUGCUCAGACUAGCACUGUCUUCGAGGUUUUCCUGGCGGGGCAGGGUGUGGGAUUUGUCAAUGCUCUGAUUAUAUUCCCGCAAAGCUGCAGAGGAGUUUUCAGAAAGGAUAUGAGAGCCUGUCUUGACGGAUUGGUUGGUGUUAUGCAGGCUCAGAAAAGAUGCAUAGAAGACUUCCGAUCAAAAAGAAUUUCUCCUGAAGGAGAAGAUGAAAGAAACAACUCUGUCUGUCAACUCCAGAACGCGCUACAGCUUUUUAUUAAUAGCAUCGUCAAGGCUCGUGGUGAUGUCGAGUAUGCCGAACGUGAGAUGUCUUGGGACCGCCUUGAUCACCAGCAGCUCGAGCAUAUUGCCUCGAUGUUGGUGGACCUUAUCGCCCCGGCAUCUGGGCUAGGCUCAGCGGCAAACAUGCUGCAGCUGGCCGUCGAUAGGGAAUAUCAUUCAUCUAACGACACCGGAAGGGUGAAUAGCAAUGCUGAGACGGAGCAUAAUUUAGAAGACGAAGAAUACUGGCAUCGCCUUGAGGGGGAAAUGCAUGAGCAAUCGUACAGAAUAUCAGAGGCUAUAAUUGAAGGAGUGGAGCACGCCAAACUUCGACUGGAGUUGACAAAUGGCCGUUCCUUGUUUGGCAGAGUUCAUGCGAGAAAGACUGACGAGGAGAACCAGAAGUUUCUAAUGAACCCCGGAGAAGCCAGCUUUCUCGAAUCAUAUCGAGACGUCUUCGAUAAGUGUUGUGUUCUAGGACAAGAUACGUAUGGUGUGGAUGGAGAAAAGCUGCUCGACUAUUACAUCCGACACAGACCACAAAUCGAAGACCUAAGUCAAAUCACUUCAGAGGCACAUCCUAACACUCUACGCUAUUUCUUAUUGCUCCAUUCACAUACUCUCCUUUCAUUACUAGGAGACGAAUUCCUCAAGCUUCUCCUUUUUACCGAGGAGUGCCAUACACGCCCGAAGCGCCUACUUAUUCCGCGGCUUCGACACCUUAGAUAUUGGCUCAAAGUAUUGGUUCACAUUACAGGCACUCGACCAGGAAGUACUUACCAAAGUAUGGACCCUCAAACAAACGUUGAACUCGGUUCCACAUUCUACGAUCAAAAAGAUCCUGACCAUCUCCCACCUGCCAACCUCAUGGAAAUCAUUGGAGACAAGAUUCGCAAGAUCAACGCCGUCUUUCGCACCAAUCAUGCCGCAUACGGACUUCGAGGUGUCUGUGCCGUUAUGACCAUAGGCAUUAUGGCGUUCCUUCGCGAUUCGCAGAGUUUCUAUUCCAGGCAGCGAUUUCUCUGGGCGCUGUUUGCCAUAUUGCUUUCUAUGGGCCGUACUGCUGGAUCGUCAACCUUCCUUUUAUUGUGUCGUAUACUUGGUACCGUUGCCUCCAUGAUAGCGAGCUACAUCAUUUGGUACAUUGUCGACCAAAAGACUCCCGGUAUUUUGGUCUUCGUCUGGUUGUGGUUCACUGUCAUUGGAUUUUUCAUGAUCAAAUUCCCCAAAUUCUUCAGUGUAUGGUUUGUUGCUCUCAUUACCGCCAUCGUGAUGAUAGCAAAUGAACUCCAGGUCCGUCAGCUAGGGGCAGAAACAGUCUCUAAAUCCGGACAAGCCGUCUAUGCGCCAUACAUCAUCUUCCCCUACCGACUUGCCAUAGUCACGCUCGGCGUUGUUGUCGCCUACUUCUGGACACUCUUUCCAUACCCUCUAUCCGAACAUUCUGAACUCCGAGAAGAAGUGGCCAAAUCCAUGUACAUUCUAGCCAAUUUCAGCCAAUCCACCCAACAAACGAUCCUCGCAAGACUCCAUGGCACCUCCGGCGACCUCAACGACAAAACCAGCCCGGGCUUCCACCUCCAAACCGCGCGCCGCCGCAUCUUCCGCAAAUACCAAACCAUGAGCACCAGCGCCAAAACAUACUACAGCUUCCUCAAUUGGGAGUUCUCCCUCGGCGGCCGCUUCCCCAAGAAAACAUACGGCGAAAUCCUCGCCAUUCUCGAGCGCGUCAGCAGCUACCUGACCCUCUCGGGCUAUGUGUCUCUGGCACUCGAGCGGACUCCUACCUGGUGGGCCGCCGAACAGAAUAAUAUAGCUCAAGCACACCUUACUCCUGGGGGUAUUACGACGAGAAUGAUCAUUUUGCAUUCUGCACUGAGUCGGGUACAUCCGCUGCCACCGCAGAUGAAGAAGUUGGAGAUCCCGAAUCUGAACGAGCUCUUGACUAGGGAUGUACCCACGGAAGAAGGGUUUGCGGCCGCGGCUCUGAUUCAUACCGUUAAUUGGUAUUUGAUCCGCGAUGUAAAUCGGCUUACGCAGCUGGUGAGAGAGCUCGUUGGAGAGCUUGAUUUUUCGUUUGCUGUUGAUACCCCGACUCUUGUUACUGUAUCAACUGUCGAUAGGGCAAAGGAGAACGGCCAGGAAUGGUCCAAAUAUCCCGAGUAAGGGAAGUGAGCGAACGGUCUAGCGUAAAACGGCGCCAGAUCGUUUGCGAUAUACCUUGCUAAUCCUGACCCGGUCUCUACCAGUUUGCCAAGGUGGUCAGUUUGUCAGUAUACCCGGUUAGAUCAUGGGGAAAAUACCCCUUCCUGCCGACGACGAUCAGAACUGAAAAUGAAUGCCGGAAUUUCCUGUAUUUACUUGUUUCAUGAUGAGGCUUUUCCUCCGCUCAGAGUCGGUGCUCCCAGCUCGUCGAUGCGUUUCAUGCAUUGGAAACAAGCACUUUUUAUACUAUACACCUGGCGGUCUUAUUUUGUCGUAACGUAAAUCGAGUGGUCUGGUCUGUUGUCCGGGUG